GCAUGCACUAGUAGAGCAAACUCAAAGUCGUCUUGUUCUUGUUCAUCAUCUGACCAAAUCUAAGUUUAAUAAUAAAGUUGUUUCGAUUGACAUUCAUUCACCUUGGAUUAAUAAUGGUAUAAUCAGCGCUACUAACUUCGAUCGACUAUCCAGUGUUACAGUCACAUCAAGUAAUAUUGCAUAUAUUAUUUUCACUAGUGGUUCAACGGGGGUACCAAAAGCGAUUAAAGUACGGCACAUAAAUUUUGCUGGAUGUGUAUACUCUUUGGUUAGCAGUAAUACAUUUAAUAAAAAUGAUACUGUUGCUCAGAUGGCACGAUGCUCCUUUGAUCUUCAACUUCAAGAAAUACUUGGCAGUUUGAUGAUUGGAGCUACAGUGGUGAUGCUUCAUCCAAAAGGAACAGUUGAUUUUGAUUAUCUCUCUCACAUCUUGUAUACUAAAGAAGUUACGUACAUGCAAAGUGUGCCAAGUUUACUUCAAGGUUUUUUCAUUUCUCGCGAACAGUGGGUUAACGCAAACGCUUUUAAACACCUUCGAUCGAUUUCCUGUGCCGGUGAACCGUUUUCUGUUAAACUAAGGACUUUAAUUGCUAACAUUGGUAUACCACACUGUAAUGUAUGGAAUCUUUAUGGUGCUACUGAAACAACACUCGUCUCUACAUAUCAUCUUGUUGAUACUAAGUCCAACAGUGCAAGCAUUUCGGUCGGUAGAUCACUACCAAGCUAUCAAUCAUUGCUCUUAAAUAAAUUUUUGCAAAGCGCCUCUAUUAGUCAAAAAGGAGUUUUAUUUACUGGAGGUGUUGGUGUCUUUGCUGGUUAUCUUGGACAUGACAAUUUGACCGCCAAAGCACUCAUAGAAAUUGAUGGCCAAUUAUUCUAUCGAGUAGGUGAUCUUGUUCAUAUAGAUACGAAUGGUCUUCUUCAUUAUCACGGAAGAAAAGAUCAUCAGGUAAAAUUACAUGGACAACGAAUUGAACUUGGUGAAAUCGAACGAUGUUUACUUAUUAUUACAUCUAUCUCUGCUUGUGUUGUCAUGAAAUGGAAAGAUGAUUAUUUAGUUGCAUAUAUUCAAUCUUCUCAAAUCAAUGAAGAACAACUACGUCAACAUUGUCAAUCUCAUCUUCCACCAUAUAUGAUUCCAUCUUUCUUUAUUAUACUUGAUGAAUUACCUUUGAAUCAAAAUGGAAAAAUAGAUCGAAAACUUCUUCCCCCACCUCAAUGCUCAUCUAUGCAGCUCACAAAUAGUUUACAACUAUUUCUACCAACAAAUGAUAUUGAACUUACUAUUCAUCGCAUUUGGUGUAAUAUAUUCAAACAAAAUCAAAUCUCAAUUGAUACAAAUAUCUUUACUAUUGGUGGUCAUUCAUUACUUUUAAUGCAACUCUUUCAUCGAUACAAGAUCCACUUUCAUCUAGAACAAAAGCAAAAUACUCUCUCGAUAUCUAAUCUAUUUCAACAUCCAACAAUUAUUCAUCAUGCUCAACUCAUUCAACAGUGUAUCAGUACCAUCCACACUGUGGAUGAUUAUCCUUGGUUAUCAUUACAUCUCACUCAAACUAAAGCGUCAUUUGCACAAGAACGAAUCUAUUUAGAUGAGCAAAUUCGUUUUUCAUCCAACCAAACAACGAUGAAUAAUAUAUAUGUUAUUCCUUUACUUUAUCGUAUAUCAUCUAUGAAUGAUCAUGUGUCAAUUACUCGAUUACAUCAUGCAUUUCAAAGUGUUAUCAUAAAACACAAUAUUCUUCGAACAGCACUUUAUCUUGAUACAAACGGCCAUAUUAUACAACAUUGUUUAGAUAUGAAAUCAGACAGAUUUACAAUCGUUAAUAUUCAUAAUAAUGAUCGGCAUCAUAUGAAUGAAAUUAUUGGUGAAAUAUUAAAUCAAUCUGAUUUAUUUGAUUUGUCAAAAGGGUGUGUCAUUCACUUUCACAUUCUACGUCAUUAUCAUCAAUCUCAAGAUAGUAUCACACAUGAGAAUGAUGAUCUAUUAAGUGAAAAUGAUCACAUAUUAAUUAGUAUUCAUCAUGCAAUGUUUGAUGGAGCAUCAACAUCAAUCUUCCUUCGUGAUCUUUCUCUUGCUUAUCAAUCUGAUGAUUCAUUAUUUGUGGAUGAUAAUCUUUUGAAUUAUAUCGAUUAUUCUGUUCAUGAACAUAUCAUAGAUAUGUCAUUAUCUCGUGAAUUCUGGCAUUCUCAACUCAAAGGAUAUAAUAUUAAAUAUUCAUUAUCAUUAUCAGUUGAUCGACAACGUUCAUCAACUAGCCAACAACGAUCAGGUUUAGCAUCCAUCGUUGAAAUCGCUUUCGAUAAUGAAAUAUGCACAUCAUUUCUAAACUAUGCAUCAUCACAUCGUCUCACACUCUUUCAACUUGGAUUAUCCAUAUUUUAUGUCUUCCUAUCCAAAUUAACUCAUGGUGAGACUGAUCUAUGUAUUGGUUCUAUCAACGCUAAUCGAUACCGAAGUGAAUUAGUGAAUAUGAUAGGAAUGUUUGUUUCAACAUUACCAUAUCGUGUUGAACUUGAUUCACAUUGGUCAUUUGAUGAAGUAGUUCAAUAUGUACAAGAAAAAUGUUUAUCAAUUCUUGAACAUUCUCAUUAUCCAUUACAACAUAUUCUUGGUGAUAAUCAACUAAAUCAAUCGAAUGUAUCAUUUCUUGAGACAAUGUUUGAUUUUAUUAGUGUGACAAAAGAUAUGGGACAUUUAAGUUUGAAUGAUACAAAUUUAGAACAAGGAUCAUCAGAACAAUCAACUGAAGUGUCUAAAUUUGACUUUUCAUUAACAUUUGAAUACAAUCCAUUAUCAGAUAACAACAGAUUAUUAUGUCGUUUUGUUUGUUCACAUGAUCUGUUUGAAAAGUCAACUAUUUCGCAAAUAGCUCAAAGAUUUGAAUACACGUUUGAGCAAUUGUUUCGAACACAAGCAAGCAAUAUUGCUAUGAUGAAUGUGAGUUCAUCGAUUCGCAAACUGUCUCUUAUUCUUCCCGAAGAAGCUGAAGAAAUGGAAUUAGUUGUGUUUCAUCGAUUGCAGAAUAUUGUCGAUGAAGCGCCAGCAUCAUUUGCACAAGCUCGUAUCUGGCUUGAUGAAAGAAUUCGAUUCGACCCAGAUAAGCCUCAAAUAGCAAUCUACAAUAUGCCUUUUGUUUAUCGUCUUCAAUCAGAUCAUACUUUAUCGAUUAAACAACUUCAUCAUGCUCUUUAUCUCACUGUUAACAAACAUCACUCACUUCAUACAUCACUUCAUUUUGAUAUCCAAAAGAAUCUACUUAUGCAACGAGUUAUUACUCAUGAACAUAAAAUUAAUAUGUUUUCAAUCAUCGAAACUACUUAUGAAACAGAUGAGCAACUCGAUGAAAUUUUACAUGGUGAGAAACGUAAUCUUCGUCUUUUUGAUCUUGAUCAAGGUCUGGUGUUUCGAUGUCAUAUUAUUUAUCACAAACAAAUCUCUUCAAAUCAUCUUCUUUCUCACAAAGAUCUACUUAUCUUCAACUUUCACCAUGCUUUGUUUGACUUUCCAUCGAUGGAAGUGUUUCAUUAUGAUCUCAAUCAAGCAUACACAACAGGUCAAUUAUUAUAUAAUGACAACACUAAACUUCGUUAUCUCGAUUAUGCUGUUAUUGAACAACAAAUGUCAAUGACUGGUGCAAGCAUGUUUUGGCUUGAUG